AUGCUGGCUCAGAAGACUGCAGUGCGGGCCCCUGCCAAGCAGGGCGCCCAGGUGGUGGCUGCCAAGGUCGCGGCCACCGCCGUUGCUGUUAUGGUGACAGCGUCCCCCGCUUUCGCGGGUGUCAUUCUGGAGCAGCCGACGCUGAAGAAGGUCUUCCAGGCGGAGGCCAGCGCCCCCGCGGCGCCCAAGGCGGCCAAGGCGGCCGCGGGCACCCCGGCGGCCCCGGCGGCGCCCAAGCCGAAGAAGCAGGAGGUGGUUGAGUCGAGCUCGGGCGGCAUCUCUCCCCAGUCGGUGGCCCUGCCCGCCGCUCUGGUGGUCGUGGGCGGCGGCGCCUUUGCCCUGUCCUCGCUCGACGCCGGGUUCAGCGAGUUCAUGCGCACUGCCGCCGUCAAGGACUCCGGCGAUCUCGGCGCCGGCUACGAGACCGCGAUCAAGGCCGAGGGCGGCUUGAUCAAGGCCAGGAAGGGCACCACCAAGGUCAAGAAGGCUAAGAAGUAA